GCAACUGUAACUUUGACUCAAUCUCCCAAAGCUUUUCAAUUCAAAUCCAAACAAUAUUGAAUCUUCUAUUCUCUAUGAAAGAAUUUUGUCUACGAAACAACUGAAGAAUGGAAAAAAUUCCUGUCGGAAAUCAAAAUUCUGGACAGGAAGAAAAUCUUUUACAUAAAAUUUUGGACAAAUGUAAGCAAAGUAAUGAUCCUUGCACCUUGGAUUUAUUGGUUUAUCAUUUCAACAUUUGGCAUGAUUCUCUGUUUCGACUUGCGGAAAAAGGAAAUGCAGCUUUCCUUAAUAGAACAGAAUAUCAAAAGUUGCAAAUUGCAAAACUUAUCCUUGAUAGGAUAGAUUUACUUGAAGUCUCAGUAGACCCAUCACUGAAAGGAUUUAAAGAGUAUAAAGAAAUGAAGUUACCACCUAUAGAAGCUUUUAGUAUGAAACCUGAUAUGAAAGAAGCUAGAAAGAUAAAAUUUUGUCAGAAUAUUGACAAAGGAGAUAUCUUGCAUUUAAGAGUGGUCGAGGAAAAUGAAUCAGAAUAUAAAUUGUUAGUAUUAAAUAAAUAUAAUGAAAGUGAAAGACUUGCUGACUAUUCAAUCUAUGCUUAUAUGAUGAAAUCAUAUCAAUUACAGAAACUGCCACGACCUUUACAAGUCUCUGAUCUUGUUAGAGCUGCAGUUUUAGGGAAACUUAGAUUGGAAGAAAAUGUUUUCAGUAAACUUCUUGUUACUUUUAAUAAUAAUUUCAUCAGUGAAAAGUACAAGAAGGAAAAAAAGUACAAGAUAUUUCUUGGAUUAGUUACUAAACAAGAAAUACCUUUCUAUCCAGAGAAUAUAAGUAAAUUCAAUGGCUUUCUAGAUUAUAUGAAAGCUGACAAAAGUCCUGAUAACCCACAAGAGAUAAUAAAAUGCAUGACUUCUGUGGGUGUGGAUCCAUAUAAAAUAUAUUCUUUCCAUGAAAGCCAUGAUGGGAAAAAAUAUGGUAAACCUAAAGAGAUUGAUCGUAGUACAAGAGAAUCGGAGGCAAUAGAAAAGUCUAUGAACUUGGUUAAAGAGGCUGAGAAACAGUUAAUUGAAGGUGUGGAUCGUAAUUCUGUUCUGCCAUUACUAGAUCAAGCUUUGGAAAUUUAUCCUAAGAAUGAUACUGCAUAUGCAGUACGAGGACAACUGUACAAGGUACUUUUUAUUUCUGAAAACAAUGGAACCUAUAUGCAUAAUGCCUUAAAUGAUUUGCAGAAGUCUCUUCAUCUCAAUGCAUUUAAUUUAAUUGCUCUCAGGGAGUACUCGAAUGUUCUUUUGAUGUCAUUAAAAAGGUUUGAAAUGGAUGGAAAUACGGAGAAAGUAAAUAAGAUAUUGGAUGAACUUACAAAGUUUAAAGAAAUAUAUGAUGUUGCGGACUUUUUGACUGGGAAUGAAAAAAAGUCAUGAACAGUUUUCCACGGCAGAAACUGCGUGAUUUCACAUUCCAGUGAAGUGGUUCCAUUUUGUACAUACUUCUGCAUUUAUUGUACAGCAUAUAUAACAUCUUGUUCAUAUCAACAUUUUUCAGAAUUUCUGACUAUUUAUUGUUUUGAAAUCAAUAAACCAUUCUUCAUUUGAGAA